AUGGCCAGCCACGUGGACCUGCUGACCGAGCUGCAGCUGCUGGAGAAGGUGCCCACGUUGGAGCGGCUGCGGGCCGCCCAGAAGCGCCGGGCCCAGCAGCUGAAGAAGUGGGCGCAGUAUGAACAGGACCUGCAGCACCGCAAGCGCAAGCAUGAGCGGAAGCGCAGCACUGGUGGCCGCCGCAAGAAGGUGUCCUUCGAGGCCAGCGUGGCCCUGCUGGAGGCCUCGCUGAGGAACGACGCCGAGGAAGUACGCUACUUCCUGAAGAAUAAGGUCAGCCCUGAUUUGUGCAACGAGGAUGGACUCACAGCCCUGCACCAGUGCUGCAUCGACAACUUUGAGGAGAUUGUCAAGCUGCUCCUUUCCCACGGUGCGAACGUCAACGCCAAGGACAACGAGCUGUGGACACCCCUGCAUGCUGCAGCCACCUGCGGCCACAUCAACCUGGUGAAGAUCCUCGUUCAGUACGGGGCUGACUUGCUUGCUGUCAACUCUGAUGGGAACAUGCCAUACGACCUCUGCGAGGAUGAGCCCACCCUGGAUGUCAUCGAGACCUGCAUGGCUUACCAGGGCAUCACCCAGGAGAAAAUCAACGAGAUGCGGGCAGCUCCUGAGCAGCAGAUGAUUGCAGACAUCCACUGUAUGAUUGCAGCGGGUCAGGACCUUGACUGGAUAGAUGCCCAGGGUGCCACAUUGCUGCACAUAGCUGGAGCCAAUGGAUAUCUGCGGGCAGCCGAGCUCCUCCUGGACCACGGAGUGCGUGUGGAUGUGAAGGACUGGGAUGGCUGGGAGCCCCUGCACGCCGCUGCCUUCUGGGGACAGAUGCAGAUGGCAGAGCUAUUGGUGUCCCACGGGGCUAGUCUCAGUGCUAGGACAUCCAUGGAUGAGAUGCCAAUAGACCUGUGUGAAGAGGAGGAAUUCAAGGUCCUGCUGCUGGAGCUCAAACACAAGCACGACGUGAUCAUGAAGUCACAGCUGAGGCACAAGUCAUCCUUGAGCCGGAGGACAUCGAGCGCGGGCAGCCGUGGGAAGGUGGUGCGUCGAGCCAGCCUGUCGGACAGGACCAACCUGUACAGAAAGGAGUACGAGGGAGAGGCCAUACUGUGGCAGCAGCGAAGUGCUGCCGAGGACCAGCGGACCUCAGCCUACAACGGGGACAUCAGAGAGACCAGAACAGACCAAGAGAAUAAGGACCCAAAUCCCCGCCUGGAGAAGCCCGUGCUGCUCUCAGAAUUUCCUACCAAGAUCCCACGGGGCGAACUGGACAUGCCUGUUGAGAAUGGCCUCCGGGCUCCGGUCAGCACCUACCAGUAUGCACUGUCCAACGGAGAUGUCUGGAAGGUGCACGAAGUUCCCGACUACACCAUGGCCUACAGCAACCCUGGUGUGGCUGAUGCCACCCCACCCUGGAGUGGCUACAAGGAGCAAAGCCCCCAGACGCUUCUGGAGCUGAAGCGGCAGCGGGCUGCAGCCAAGCUGCUCAGCCACCCCUUCCUGAGCACUCACCUGGGCAGCAGUAUGACCAGGACGGGCGAGAGUAGCAGUGAAGGCAAGGCCCCCUUGAUUGGAGGCAGAACUUCCCCGUACAGUAGCAAUGGGACCUCGGUGUAUUACACAGUCACCAGCGGAGACCCCCCGCUCCUGAAGUUCAAGGCCCCCAUGGAGGAGAUGGAGGAGAAGGUCCAUGGCUGCUGCCGCAUCUCCUAGUCUCCCAAGUGCCAGAGGAGAGACAUCCCUGGGGAGGGGUCCCUGGAAUCCAGGCCAGCCCAACAGCCAUGGCUGGGGAGGUAGCAGAGGGCCAGCGGGAAGGUGGGCUCUGCUUUUCAGAGGAACACUGACCCCACCCCUCACCUUGCCAUGGCACCCCACCAGUCCCAUGGUUCUGCUUCUGCUGCAUUGUCUGCCACCUGAAACAAGGCCAUGUGGCUUCCUGACUCACUCUGCUGUCUGAUUUGGAGAGAGUGGGCUUCGAUCCCAGUUCUGUUCUCUGGAUCAGUACUCGCAUGUCACAUGUCCACACACACAUACAUGCUUAAUCAACAUGUGCAGCAGUGGCACAUCUGGGCUCCUGGGAAGCAGGCGGGGCUAAGAAUUUGUGGCUGUUCCCACCAGGAUUGAGGUUAUGACUCGAGUCUUCUCACCACUGCCACUGUGGCUUUAGCAGGGGAGGAGCCUGCUAAGCUGAGACCCACAGUCCUGCUCAGAAUCAUAGCAGGGUCUGGGCUGCUGUUCACACCUGGCAGGGCUGGCAGCCCUGUUGUGUUCAGAGGGAGCCAGGAAUCCAGGUGGGUUAGGUGAGAUGGGCAAAGGCCUGCUCUCCACAGCUUUGUUGAGAACCACCCUCCUGCCCAUGUCAGGAGCCAGCUGGGUGACCAUCCAGGGGCCAAGAUAGAAAACCAGGCUAUUCCACUCCUGGAAUAAACCAAAUCAUGUUUUUGCUCUUGGAAGUCUCAAGAGGGGAGUGCAGCAAAGUCAGUAUUUCCAGAAGGGCAUUUGAUUUGAAAAAACAACAAAAAAAAAACAAAAAUAAUCUUUUUGGCUGUUAAACUCCAUGUAGGAGGAAAUUGAAUUCACCUUCUCUCACGGAUAGUAUUACGAUCACUAGUUUUUACUAGGUGGGGUUAGAAAAAUGAAGCUAAGUGAGAACUUUCCAUUGGAAAGCUUUUUCCAAGGAGAGGGGUGAGCCAAUUUCUGAAAACAUCUCUGAUUAGCAAUGGCAGGGCCCAGUGCCAUGGCCAAUCUUUGUGAAUGUUCAGACUAUUUCAGUCCAGCCCAUCUUAGCCAGCUCUCCUGGCACUGAGCCUCAGAGUGAAUAGUUAGGGGUUGCCUGGGUCCCCACCCCUCCCACCUUACACAUCAGUUGUGUACGUGGAACGAUUGUGCAGGACCCUGGGCCUAGCUUUGUCUUUCCUGCAAUGCUCAGUGAGAAAAGCUUGCCCACUGGCCCUUGGGGUUUCUGCCUAGCCCAGGGGCUCCCAGCUUGCUCCUGCAGAGUGGUGAUGUCUCAAGGCUGAAAAUCCAUAGUGUCCAUGGCCAAUGUUCUGCACUGCAUUCAGGAGAGUGGUGGGUCUCACCCCAGCUCUGCAGUUUCAUAGCCCCAGUCUUCCUGGUCCUGGGAGGGAGGACCAUAAGGGACAGUCAGCUCUACACCUCACCCCUGCAAUCCCUCAUGAGCCCCUUUGAAAUGGUCACCUGUGACCUAUCUGAGUUAGACAUUGUCCAUAGGCUCAGCCAAAUCCUUUGGUGUGACUAACGAGUCGCAGGUGUGUUCCCUGCUCUGUGCGCCUUUUAUUUGUCCUAAAACUACCUCCUUAGAGCUCUGAAGGGGCCCCCUAGGUCGAGAUUCUAAUUUGGGAAGCAGAUCUGGGUUCCCUUUAACCCUCUUUCUGAGCCUUUGGAAAAUUCUCCCAGAGGGGUACCUGGGCCAGAGAACUGGGGCUGUAGGACCCCCUGCCUUGUGCCACAACCCUAGGAAUGGCAUCAGUCCCAGUCCCCUACUAUUACCCUGUGACCUAUAGACCAGAGAGGGAGUUGGACCUCAAGGGACCUGGUGACAGGGCAUUUGGGCUGGAGAGUAGAGGGCCCCAUAGGAGUAACUGCACCCAUGGUGGCUGCUGGAUGCACAGAGGUCUCAAGAGUGUCAGUACCAGGCCACCUCCAUCCCACCUCCAGGAUAGACAGGGUGUACAACAGAAGGGUCGCUCAGAAGACCAAAGACAGGUGUCCAUGAUGUUCCAUUGCCCCUGGGACCUGAGGUGUGCCCUCCAGCAUCUCAGCCCAUGACUGGAGCAUGUGGGGGUGGUCUAGCACACGCCUUUGACUUUCGAACAAUAUUCAGCCCAGUCUGAGACUGAAAUCCUUAUCGAGCUGAUUCACGCUACACGGUAGGGAAUGCCUAGGGAAGUCACAUGCUCCUCAGCAGAGAGUGGCACAGUUUUCCCCAUCUUUGUGCUCAGGGGCCAGAGAGUGAAGACAUUUAUUUUCACUUUUAUUACCCUCCCUGAGCCUUUGGGCCGUUCUCUCCUUCACCCUUGCUUCCUGCCUCCUGGGCCAUUCCCCCCCACCCUGGAGACCAGGAAUCCUAGCUGAUACCCUGUCAGGAGCUGAUUUCAGAGAUGACUGGUAUUAGCACACAUUUUCAGUUAGGGAUAAACCAUUCCCUUGCUAAGGGUUCAAGUCCCUGGGUUGUGUUUCCUGUGGGUCUCCAAGGUAUUGAAAGACAAGCUGGGAAACAGGCUCCAGUGAAUGGGCCAGUGCCAAUCACUUAUUCACUCAUGUAGUUUAUUGAGAAGCUGGGACAUGCCAGGCACUGUGUUAGGUUCUACAAUAAAAGAGGAACAAGACAGUGACAAGAACUGCUCUUGUUCUCAUCCCUUGAGGACCACUGGGCAUCAGUCCCAUUCGAGUCACCUGAACAGUGACUGCAUGCCGGUCCAAUGGCCAUUUGCUCUUCAGCUCCUAGAAUCCUUAGACUGUGAAUCCCUUUCACUGGGAAACCAUUGUCAUGGUCACCCCAAUAACAUUUGCCAGUAAGUGCAGACAUUGGAUCUUGAAUUCCAGGCAGACACCAUCCCAGGCCUUAGAACUUUCAAGGCUAGCUGACUUUAGGCCAGGAUCUUUGAGGGGACUGUAUAAUAGCAGUUUGAGAUCAGUGUCUAGAGGGAUAAGGAGUUGCAGUUUGCUGCAAAUGCAUCUCAGGUUCUUAAAGUCAUUGAUUCUUGCCCAUUUAUACACAGACUCCCAUCCCCACCCUAUCAGCGGCUAGUGGGAGGGACAGCAGCUUCUCCUUUUAACAUGAAAACCUUUCCUAUUAAAUCUGCCUCUCUCCCUGGCAGGCAUGGAUUAAGGAGCUGGGAGAAGCCUGGCAAGGUUGACCAGAUGCCUAGCUCCUGCUGAGCCCCAGAUCUAGGGACAGUUUUUGGUGUAUUAAAAGCCACUUCCAAAGCAGAUGCCACCCAAUCAAUGGACUCUUGCCCUUGCUCCCACCUCAUGCCCUAAACAAUUGAAAAUUGGUGACUAUCUCCAGGUCGUGAGUUUCUGGCCAGUGCUCAGGGAAGAUGAAUGAACCUAGGCUCAUGUCUACUGAAAAUGUCAGUAUCUAGUUUUCCAUCAAAUAUGCAGCAUUAAUAAAACUGCUCUGCACUGUUUGAUCAAUUUCAAGAAGCUUAAAAAAGUUAACAAGGAUCGUUCUUGCCCCCACCAGUUUGAUGGCUUUGUAAUGACACCAUCUUGGUUAUUGGUGGAUACCUUUGGAUCUUGAACUGUCUCUCCACCUGCUCUUCCAGAGCAAGUGACUGGGGUACUUUGCAGAAGGGCGCUCCUUCCAAGAUGCCCAGAAGGACUGUAUCUAACUCGCUACUUGUAGCCUGGGGACAGCCUCCCCUCCCCAGGGCACACAAAGGGCCCCAUUGCCAGAAGCUACAGCCCUUUCCUCAACAGGAGUCUUGUUGACCAAAGGGCCUGCUUCCCCGGGCAUUGCAAGUGCCACAGUGCGGGGCCUGGCUCUGCACACCCAGAAGAAGUCUGCAGAGCCCCAGCCCUCCGCAAUAAUUCACCAGACCAGAAGCCACUGAUGUACAGAAAACACUUAAGAAAAAUGUAUUUUAUGUGAAAAAAAAUUAAACCUCUGUAUACUGUAUCAGCAGCUUUGUGUAAAAAUGGCAAUCAAGAGAGUCUAAUAUAUUUAAAACUUUUUU